UGAGGGGCCAACAAGCUCCCUCUUGGCAGCAGCAGCAGCAGGAAGGAUGGAGGCAGAGCAAAAAGGACCUUUCUAAACCAUCCACGCAGUCGCUCGGCACCAAUCUGGAAAUUCUGAUGGGAAGGAAGCGAGUGCGAACCAUCCGGGCUGCCCAUUCGCUGCAGCCUUGAAUCCAUCCAAAACCUCCAUGGAGCAGGAUGUGGAGAGCCCGGCCAUCAGCAAAGCGUCCAAGCUGCCCAAGCCGGCCGGCAAGGAUCUCCCCAAGAAGCUGGCGGCCAUGGACCGGGCCCGCAGGGUCCAGCGCUACGUCCAGAAAGACGGCAAGUGCAACGUCCACCACGGCAACGUGCGCGAGACCUAUCGCUACCUGACGGACAUCUUCACCACGCUUGUGGACCUCAAGUGGCACUUCAACCUUUUCAUCUUUGUCCUGGUCUACACGGUCACGUGGCUCUUCUUCGGCUUCAUGUGGUGGCUCAUCGCAUACCUGCGGGGGGACCUGGAGCACCUAGCGGACGACCGCUGGACUCCGUGCGUCAAUAAUCUCAACAGCUUCGUGUCGGCCUUCCUGUUCUCCAUCGAGACGGAAACAACCAUCGGUUACGGGUACCGGGUCAUCACGGACAAGUGCCCCGAAGGGAUUGUCCUGCUCCUGAUUCAGUCGGUACUGGGAUCUAUCGUCAAUGCCUUCAUGGUGGGCUGCAUGUUCGUCAAGAUCUCCCAGCCCAAGAAACGUGCCGAGACUCUGGUGUUUUCCACCAACGCCGUCAUCUCCAUGAGAGACGGCCGCCUGUGCCUGAUGUUCCGGGUGGGGGACCUGCGGAACUCGCACAUCGUGGAGGCCUCCAUCCGGGCCAAGCUGAUCAAGUCCAAGCAGACCAAGGAGGGCGAGUUCAUUCCCCUGAACCAGACGGACAUAAAUGUGGGCUACAACACGGGCGACGACAGGCUGUUCCUCGUGUCGCCGCUCAUCAUCUGCCACGAGAUCAACCAGAACAGUCCCUUCUGGGAGGUCUCGCCAGCCCACCUUGCCAAGGAGGAGCUGGAAAUAGUCGUUAUUCUGGAGGGCAUGGUCGAGGCCACCGGCAUGACGUGCCAGGCCCGCAGCUCGUACGUGAGCAGCGAGAUCAAGUGGGGUUACCGCUUCACGCCCGUGCUCACGCUGGAGGACGGCUUCUACGAGGUGGACUACAGCAGCUUCCACGACAUCUACGAGACCAACACGCCCGCCUGCAGCGCCCGUCAGUUGGCCGACAUGAGUGGCGGCGCACGCCUGCCGCUCACCUGGUCCAUGGGAAGCAGGCUGAGCCAGCAGGGCCUGGCGCCCGAGGCCGAGCGCCAGGACGCACGGACUGAGCGCAACGGAGAUGUCGCCAACGCUGAGAGCGAGUCCAAAGUGUAGCGCCUGCUCUGCACGCACACGCUCGUGCAGGCCACGAUCUGGUCGUUGGUGAGAAAACAAGGCGACCAGUUCGAGUCUCACCGACCGCCAGAUCCUUCUUAUUUUUUCUAUUCCGAUAUUCCUAUAGGGACAUUUGCAUAUUAAGUAUUUUUGUACAUAAUAUAAUAUGUUUUGGACUCCAUUUGGUUUCUCGGGUUUGCCGUGUGAAUAUUUGGCAGAUGUUUGAUACUAAUACGCUGGUUUAGCUUUGGCUUGUACAUAAUCUACGCCUUAUUUAAGCCUUGCCUACACUCGCAAACGGCUCUUUCCAAACAUUCUGAAACGUUGUGAUUGCUCGAAUUGUUUUCAGGGUUUUGGUCAAAUGAACGCAAACUUGUUUGGAAUUAUUUGGACGUGUUUAUUCGACAAAACAUGUUUGCUGUAGUCUGGCCAAUAAGAGACGAGGUGGUGAUCAUGUGACUCACGGGCUGGACAAAAUGGCUUCUUGCACUCAGACGCAAGGGAAGAAGUUGGGCAUAUGAUGAAAUGCAAAGUUUUGUUGAAGAAUAUGAGAAACGUCCUUGUCUAGAACGCAACAAGGUUGAACAAUUGCAAGGAAAGAGAGAAGAAAGCGACGCCAUCGAAGCAGAUGUGCUUGGACCAGAUUUUACAGGUAGUGAAGCUUCGGGGGACGUUUUUAGGGAAAUCUUUUAUUUGUCUUUUCAAUGUGUGGACAUGCCACCCAAAUAAGAACGAACUUGGUCAUAUUUUCAAACCUAUUUGGAGACGUUUGUUAGUGUAGACAAGGCUUUACUGUAUACAGUCUGUAAAACUUUUAUCACCUUUUUCCUUUCACCUAACGGGAAACAUUAGGUACUGCUGCACAUUGUAAGGAAAGGCAAUGCAAGAGUAUAAAAAUUGUAAAUCAACUAGCGCGUGCAGGUGUGCCUAAUGCAGUGUCCCCUGUUUGCAAAAGCAUGUACAAAAAUGAAUGAAUCUUAUAAAGUGUAUUUGAUUUGUCGUGAACGCAAU